AUAUACAUUUCCAAGAAAAGGUAAACAAAUCGUCAAAUUAUUUGUGGGUUUAAAUCUCUACCAAUUCUCACUCUCUCUUUCUCUCAGAGAACCUGAAACGUUUUUUGAUAAUGGGCAAAGUGAAUACCAACCGGUCCAAGAAGAUGAAGGAGGUUUGUGGUGGUUCCGGUGAAGCUAAGCCAACUGGGAAGAAGCAGAAGAACGAAGUGACGUCAAUGGACAAAGACGUGAGUGCCAAGCAAUCGAAGAAGGCGAGUUCUCAAAAGUUGGAGUGGAGUGAGGAAGAAGAGAUCCGUGUGCUACUAGGUAUGACAGAUUUCAAAGCUAUAACAAGGAAGAAUCCUUUUGAUGACAUGAACGGAGCUUACGAAUUCCUCCAGGAAUAUAUAAGCGUUGAUGUUGACGACUUCGUAGAGAAGAUGAAGAGUUUGAAGAAGAAGUUAAUGGGUCAAGUGAGGAUUAACGCUAAAGAACCGUCUUCCUCGGAACCUUACGACCAGAAAAGUUCUGAGUUGUUGAAACUGAUUUGGGGAUAUGAUGUGGAAUCUGCUGUUGAGAAACCAAAGAGGAGUAAGAGGAUUAUAAAGCCUAAAGAGGAGAAGCAAGUGAUGGUUCAUGAAGGAGGAAAAUGGUUUGAGAAUGGGCUUAUUGUUCGGAAGAUUGUUAGUUUUGGUGUUGAUGAAGAUUCUCUAAAAAGAAAAUGGGGUUCGGUGCCUAUGGAGGAUAAGAACAUGAUUGAUCAAAAGUGGAGAGUCUUGCGAACCAAGGAACUUGAAUACAUGUUGCAAAAAAAUAAGUUUUUGAAUGAUGUUUUCUCUAUGAUGGAUGAAGCAGCAUCAUCCAGUUAGAUGCUAAUUAAGGUCUCUUUUUAAUUUGUUUUUGCAACUUUGGAUUUGCUUUUAUGGUUUUCUGGUUAUCCUUUUUGUUUUCGGAUUGUUCUAUCUAAGUUUCUGGAUUAUGUUAUGAUGACUUUGUUUUGGAUUGUUGCCUCUAUUUUAAGAUGUUGGUUUUAUCUUUUAUGAUUUUAUCAAGUGGAAUCUGUUUCUUUGGGAUUUGAUCUUUGUUAAAUGUAAAACUGCGUUAUUGGUUUUACUA